AUGGCAGCCCUAUUGACCCCUCUGCAAGUCGGUGACAUGAGUCUGAAACACCGAAUCGUUCUUGCUCCUCUUACACGUAACAGGGCUGACGAUGACCACGUGGCCCUUGAUAUCGUACGUGACUACUACUCCCAGAGAGCCUCAACCCCUGGGACUCUUCUCAUCACCGAGGGUACCUUCAUUUCACCACAGGCUGGAGGUUUUGAGAACGUGCCCGGUAUCUGGAACGAUGCGCAGAUCCAGCAGUGGAAAACCAUUACCGACAGUGUGCACGCUCGAGGCAGCUACAUCUUUUGCCAGCUGUGGGCUUUGGGCCGAGCUGCCGAUCCGGAAGUUCUCAAAAAGACCGGCCACAAAGUGAUCUCGAGCGGUGAUAUCCCAAUCUCAUCGACAAGUUCUAUUCCGCGCCCGCUUACCGAGGAGGAAAUUGGCGACUGGGUCAAUAGUUACGUCCAAGCUGCGAAAAACGCCAUGGAAGCUGGGUUCGAUGGUGUUGAAAUCCACGGAGCCAAUGGAUACCUAUGUGACCAGUUCCUUCAGGACACUUGCAACAACCGAAAGGACUCAUGGGGAGGCAGCAUUGAGAAUCGCUCUCGCUUCGGCGUAGCAGUAGCCACCGCCGUUUCUCAGGCUAUUGGUGCACAGCGCACUGGUUAUCGCAUCAGUCCUUGGAGCCCAUUUCAAGCGAUGCGAAUGGAGGAUGAGCUUCUCCAGGCGCAAUUCUCUCAUUUUCUCCGCCAGCUGGCACCUCUCAAGCUUGCAUACCUGCACGUAGUGGAGCCUCGCAUCUCUGGCGCCGCGACAAUUGAAACUGCGAGCGAAAAUGUCAGCUUCUUGUUUGAUGCAUUGCAAGACAGCACUGUGGUAAUUCUUGCAGGAGGAUUUACUGCUGAUUCUGCGUCUCGUGCCAUUGAGAGCCACCGCCCGAACAGAGUUGCCAUUGCCUUUGGUCGCCAUUUUCUGGCAAAUCCAGACCUGCCGCACCGGAUCGCCAACGGAAUUGCCUUUACUCCGUACCAGCGGGAAACAUUCUACACUCCAAAAGACCCAAAGGGCUAUAUAGACUAUCCAUUUAGCCCCAAACCUCUCUAA